AUGGAGGAGACGAAGAGGGUGGCCAUCGUCGGCGCCGGCGCGAGCGGGCUCGCCGCGUGCAAGCACGCGCUGGAGCGCGGCUUCCGCCCCGUCGUCUUCGAGGCCGACGCGGCGGGCGCCGUCGGCGGCGUCUGGGCGCGCACCAUCGCCUCGACGCGGCUCCAGACGCCGCGGCCCUACUUCGAGUUCUCCGACUUCCCGUGGCCGCCGGCGGUGGCGGAUCUGUACCCGGACCACGACCAGGUGGCGGGGUACCUGCGGUCGUACGCCGAGCGCUUCGGCGUGCUGGAGUGCGUCCGCUUCGGCUGCCGCGUCGCCUCCAUGGAGUACGCCGGCGCCGGCGAGGAGGAGGUCAUGGCGUGGGAGCACUGGGCCGGCAACGGCGAGGCGUUCGGCACUGGCCGCGGCGAGUGGCGGCUCACCGUUCAGCACGGCGACAGCGUCGAGCAGCUGCAUGUCACGGAUUUCGUGGUGCUGUGCAUCGGACGGUUCAGCGGCGCCUCCAACAUGCCGAGAUUCCCACCGGACAAAGGGCCAGAGGCAUUCGCCGGCACGGCGAUCCACUCCAUGGAGUACGCCAACAUGGGUGCCGCCAGCGCUACCCAGCUCGUCAAGGCCAAGCUCGUCACCGUCGUCGGCUACCAGAAGUCCGCCGUCGACAUCGCCGCCGAGAUCGCCGACGCCAAUGGGGCGUCACAUCCAUGCACGAUAGUGUUACGGAAGAAGCGAUGGAUCGUGCCGGACUUGUACGCCUGGGGCGUCCCGAUCGCAGUGUUCUUCAUCACUCGCUUCUCUCAGCUCCUACUUCACAAGCCUGGAAAUGGCUUGAUCCUUAGCCUUGUGGCCACACUCUUAUCACCACUGAGAUGGUUCUUCUCCAAGUUUGUCGAGAGCUACUACAAAUGGGCUCUGCCCAUGGAGAAGCACGACAUGGUGCCGGACGAGGGUUUCUUGGAGGGAAUGUGCUCGUGCUCUGUUACCAAACUGCCGCAUAAGUUCUACGACAAGGUCGAGGAAGGGAGCAUCGUCCUGAAGAAAGCCAAGAGAUUCAGCUUCUGCAAGGAAGGCCUGAUCAUCGAAGGCGACUCGUCCUCGGAGACCAUCAAGAGCGACGUUGUGAUCUUCGCCACAGGGUUCAAUGGGGACCAGAAGAUCAGGGAGAUGUUCAAAUCGCCCCUGUUCAGAGACAUUGUGGCUGGCUCACCUUCCGGCAUAGUUCCACACUUCAGGCAAUGCAUCCAUCCCAGGAUCCCGCAGCUAGCGAUCAUCGGCUACGCUGAAAGCUGGUCGAACCUGUGCCUCUCCGAGCUGCUGUCCAAGUGGCUGGCGCAUCUCCUCCAUGGAAGCUUCAGAUUGCCAAGCAUAAGGGAGAUGGAGGAGGACAUAGCCGAAUGGGACAAGUACAUGAAACGCUAUGCUCCUGACCGGUUCCGUCGAUCUUGCGUCGGGCCAGUCAGCGUGCUGUGCACCGAUCGGAUCUGCCAAGACAUUGCUGGGGUUCAGAGGAGGAGGAAGAGAUGGUUGCUGGCGGAUUGGUUUGUGCCUUACGGACCAGCAGAUUACGCUGAUCUCAACUUGAACAGCUGCAAGUUGUGAACCGAAGUCUGAGCCUUGAGGAGAGGACAGUCUCGCGGUUAGGUUCUCUCUAUUUUUACAGGGUUGAGUUAGGCAUGAGAGGGAAAAGACUUGCCUUGUUUUGAUUUUAUAUUUAGCAUUUGGUAUUAAAUUACAUGCGCUAAUCAGUUGGUUUUUUUUCUGUUACAUGAUUGAUUUAGACACGAGGGAUUGAGUUGUGUGCAUAUUUUUGCUGUGUUUAGUGAUCGGUAUUGAAUCGCAUGCACCAGUCAUCAACCCAAAAUCUUA